AAGAGUCCGUGCGUGGCGCAGUCCCUAAAGCCGGGGCUUGGAGUAAAAGUGCAGCCCGGGAACGGCUCGACUCUGCUCGUUAGCCCGGGACAAACUGUGGACAACUCUACUCGUUACUCUGAAUCACGCACGCUUCCACGCCUGAGACUGUUAUUAGUGUUUUUUUUAAACGUAUAUUACUUGAAGGGAAUGAUUGGAUCCAUCGCUGCCAGAUUGCUUGCUCCCAACAUCAUCAGUACCGUAUUUUAUUGAAAACAUUUUAUUUUAAAUUUUAGAAAAUCGGCUGCAACCCAUUGCAGACAAUAAAUCCAGUUAUACAAAUCCCAAUUAUGCUUAAAUGGAACCUUUUUAGUGAUAUAUUGCAUUGAGCUUUAAAAUGGCGUUUUAUCACAGGCACCCCCAUCCCUGGUCAGUCAUGAACAACGUCAACAUGCAGAACACAUAUUCCUGUCAUUUAGAAAAUCAAAAUCGCCGUUUGCAGUAUGUAAACACAUAUUAGAAACCAGUAAAGUUGACUACGUUCUUUUUCAAGCUGCGACAACCAUAAUGGAAGCGGUUGUACGUGAAUGGGUACUCUUGGAAAAAAACAGCAUUGAGUCGCUACGGACAUUCCUAUUAACUUACGUCUUACAAAGGCCUAACCUUCAGAAAUAUGUUCGAGAGCAGAUAUUAUUAGCUGUAGCAGUAAUUGUAAAGCGAGGCUCAUUAGACAAAACCAUUGUCUGCAACAGCAUCUUCCAUGAAGUCAGCCACUUAAUAAGCAGUGGUAACCCAGUAGUGCAGACAUUGGCGUGUUCAAUCCUAACAGCAUUAUUAAGUGAGUUCUCAAGUUCCACUAAAACCAGCAACAUUGGUCUCAGCAUGGAAUUCCAUGGAAGCUGCAAGAGGAUAUUUCAGGAGGAUGACCUUCGCCAGAUAUUUGUUUUGACGGUUGAGGUGCUUCAGGAAUUCAGCCGACGGGAAAACCUCAGUGCUCAGAUGUCUUCUGUAUUUCAACGUUACCUUGCACUCGCUAACCAAGUCUUGAGCUGGAACUUUCUUCCACCGAAUUUGGGCAGGCAUUAUAUAGCUAUGUUUGAAUCCUCCCAAAAUGUGAUGUUAAAGCCAACAGAAUCCUGGCGAGAGACACUUCUGGACAGCAGAGUUAUGGAUCUCUUCUUUACAGUACAUCGUAAAAUUAGAGAAGAUUCUGACAUGGCUCAGGACUCGUUGCAAUGCUUGGCACAGCUGGCCUCUAUCCAUGGACCUAUAUUUCCUGAUGAGAGAGCGCAGGUUGAUUACCUGGCUCAUUUUAUUGAAGGAUUACUCAACAUGAUUAAUGGGAUAGAAAUCGAAGAUUCUGAAGCUGUGGGAAUUUCCAAUGUUAUGAGCAAUUUAAUUUCGGAGUUCCCGCGCAGUAUCUUAACUGCCAUUCCAAGUGAACUAUUUUCCUCCUUCAUAAACUGCCUCACACAUCUCACCUGCUCUUUUGGAAAGAGUGCUGCCCUGGAAGAAGUAUUGGACAAGGAUGACAUGGUGUAUAUGGAGGCAUACGAUAAACUACUUGAAUCGUGGCUUACCCUUGUACAAGACAAUAAGCAUUUCCAUAAAGGGUUUUUCACUCAACAUGCUGUACAAGUUUUUAAUUCCUACAUUCAAUGUCAUUUGGCAGCACCAGAAGGCACAAGAAACUUGACCACCAAUGGUGUAACGUCACGUGAUGAAGAAGAAAUCAGUGAGAUUCAAGAAGAUGACCGAGAGAUGUUCUCAGACCAGUUGGCAAGUAUAGGCAUGCUAGGAAGAAUAGCAGCAGACCACUGCAUACCUCUUCUUAUAAGCUUGUUAGAAGAUAGAGUAACAAGACUUCAUGGUCAGCUACAAAGGCAACAACAGCAGUUUCUUUCAUCACCAGGGCCGGCAUCAUUGGAUAAUAAAGUACUAGAUGAUUUGUACGAGGAUAUUCAUUGGUUACUUUUAGUCACGGGCUACCUCUUAGCUGAUGAUACUCAGGGAGAGACUCCUCUUAUACCUCCAGAGAUAAUGGAAUAUUCCAUUAAGCAUGCCACUGAAGUUGACAUUAACACAACACUUCAGAUUCUUGGUUCUCCAGGGGAAAAAGCUUCCUCCAUUCCAGGAUGUAACAGAACAGAUUCUGUGAUUAGGUUGUUAGCUGCUGUUCUGAGAGCUUCAGAAGUUGAGUCUCGAGCCACAAGGGCAAACUUAGCAGAACUCCUUAGUCCACAAAUGGGAAAAGAUAUUAUGUGGUUCCUGAAACGGUGGACAAAGACCUACCUUUUAGUAGAUGAAAAACUUUACGAUCAGAUAAGUUUACCAUUAAGUACAGCAUUUGGUGCAGACACUGAAGGUGCGCAGUGGAUUGUUGGUUACCUUCUGGAAAAAGUUAUCAGUAAUCUUUCAGUGUGGAUUGCAGAACAGGACCUGGCAAAUGACACGGUCCAACUCCUUGUAACGCUAGUAGAGAGGAGAGAACGGGCCAAUUUAGUAAUAAAAUGUGAAAGUUGGUGGAAUUUGGCAAAACAAUAUGCAAGUCGAAGUCCACCACUAAACUACCUUCCCAGCAGUGUACAACGAACGUUGAUGAAAGCACUGGUUUUGGCAGGAUUUGCUCAUGUGGAUACAGAAACAAAACAACAGUAUUGGACAGAGGUUCUCCAGCCACUCCAACAACGAUUUCUUAAUGUUAUAAACCAAGAAAACUUUCAGCAAAUCUGCCAGGAAGAAGAGGUGAAACAGGAGAUCAUUGCUACACUGGAGGCACUUUGUGGAAUAGCUGAAGCAACGCAAAUAGACAAUGUGGCCAUUCUCUUCACCUUUUUAAUGGAUUUUCUCAAUAAUUGUAUUGGUUUAAUGGAAAUUUACAAGAAUACACCUGAGACUGUUAACUUGAUCAUAGAAGUUUUUGUUGAAGUUGCACAUAAACAAAUCUGCUACCUUGGAGAGUCAAAAGCCAUGAAGUUGUAUGAAGCUUGUCUGACACUACUACAAGUUUACUCUAAGAACAGCUUAGGCAGGAAAAGGACUGAUGUGGCAGCGGAAGAAGAACAGUAUCAAGACUUGUUGCUCAUUAUGGAACUUCUGACUAAUCUCCUAUCAAAGGAGUUUAUAGACUUCAGUGACACAGAUGAAGUAUUCCGUGGCCAAGAACCUGGACAGCCUGGAAACAGAUCAGUGUCAGCUGCUGAUGUAGUCCUUUAUGGAGUGAAUAUUGUACUGCCACUUAUGUCACAAGACUUGCUAAAGUUCCCAUCAUUGUGUAACCAGUAUUACAAAUUAAUCACCUUCAUCUGUGAGAUAUUUCCUGAGAAAAUACCGCAACUUCCUGAAGAACUUUUUAAAAGUCUUAUGUACUCUUUGGAAUUGGGGAUGACUUCAAUGACAUCUGAGGUUUCCCAACUAUGUUUAGAAGCCCUCACACCAUUGGCUGAAACAUGUGCCAAGGCCCAAGAGGCUGAAUCACCACUUUUUGCUGCAACCAGACAUUUCCUUAAGCUCGUCUUUGACAUGCUGGUAUUGCAGAAGCACAAUGCAGAACUCACUGAUGCUGCAGGUGAAGCCUUCUACACAUUAGUAUGUCUGCAUCAGGCUGAAUAUUCAGAAUUAGUUGAAACUCUACUAUCAAGCCAGCAGGAUCCAGUUAUAUAUCAACGAUUAGCAGAUGCCUUCAACAGUCUUACUGGAAGCAGCACUCCCCCUACACUGGACCGCAAACAGAGAAUGGCCUUUUUAAAAAGCCUUAAAGACUUUAUGGCAAAUGUUGGUGGUCUUCUAUGUGUUAAAUAGCCUUGAGCUGCAAAGUCCCUUGUUGAAAAUGCACUGUAAAGCAUGGAAAUCAAAGCUGACUGAAUUUUAUACCUGUUUCAAGGCUGUUGCCUGCCAUCUUGGAUUUUAGACACUCAGGAUAUUUGGUCUAAGCCUACCACAUUAAGACAGAAGGAUGAACCCACCACUAUUCAGUUGCCAGUAUUUCUUAGCCAUGAUUUGUCAUAUAAUCUAAUUGUUUACUUAAAAAAUGAAAAGUGUAUUUUAAAGAAUUCCAGCAUAUAUGGAUGAAUGGGCACAGUGAUGAAUCCAGUGCCUUUUUCAUGUCUGGUUUAAACCAGCUGCCCAAUGGCCAGAUAAACUGUCUUAUUGUUUAUAUUUGAGCCCUUGCUUCGAGGGAAUCACUGUAGACAAAAUGCACAGCUAUAAAUGCUGUGGCUGAAAUGAGCUUUAUUUUUUUCCAGCGUAUGAAUUUAUUUGUGACCUGAAGAAAACACCAAAUUGUAGCGUUUGAAUCUUGGUUUUAUUUCCAUAUCAGGCAGUGAUCACGUAGUACACAAUACUUCAGAUUCACUUUGUACUGCCUGCUAUUGAGAAUAAAGUAUAUAUUUUUGCUUCCCAACCGUGAACUUUAGGAAUUGUAACCAGCUGCCUUAUUUUCUGUAAAUACAAAAACUUUGUGUUUUGAAAUACCUGAAACUGGAUUGCCAAACUGGCAACUUUUGUGUUGUUUUUUUCUUGUAAUUUUCUCUUCCUCUGAAAGGAAAAGUUUCUCAUUGUUUGGUGUCAAAAGUAGUGUUAACAUUUACAUAAAAAAUGGAAGUCGUCAUUCUGGAUACUAAAAUUAAGUCAUUUAAGUUCUACGUUAAGGCUUAAAGGGAUUUAGUUAUUAAACAAAAAGAAAUUUUACACCUGAACUGUCACAUUGCUAGGUUCUUGAGUCUGUUUAAGCAAUAAUGAAUUCUAGGGUGUGAAUUCUUCAAUAAUGCACACCAGGAUAAACCGGGCAUUAGUUUAAAAAAAAAACUCUUGUUCAUGCUGUUGCAUAGUCAAUCAAACUUUUAACACUUUUAGAAUAAAUGUAAAUAAGCUGUUGGGCAUUUUGUUUGUGACAAAUUCGCCUUGACUAGCCGUUGGACAACAAAUCACUAUAGAUACGUAAGUAACUGCAUAUUAUAAUACUGCACAGUAUAUUCAGGACUCCGAAAAUAAAAUUAAUCAGGAUAAGAGAAUUCUGGGUACGAACAUGCAAGUUUUAAAUAUAGGGAUGAAGUAAACAAAGCUUGUGGUCACACCAUUUAAAAAGUAAAACAGAAAAUGGACAGCAGGUUACUGAACAUCUGAAAGAGAAAAAUGGUAACAUUUUGGAUAUGAUCAUUUCUAAUGAAAGCUUCCAUCCGAAAUGUUCCCUUUUCCGUGUUGAUUAACUUGCUGAGUAUUUUCAUUCUAGUAUUGGUGAUUUUUUUUUCUGUUCUCUCAAAAAGAAAGAGUAUCCUUAUUGAUGAACUUGUACAGGUUGUAUGUCGAAACUACUGAAAAAAAUAAUUGUACUUGGUUUAGUUUCUUUUGAGGCCAGCAAACCAGUUAAGUGAAUUUUGUAUGGAUCUCACAACACACUCAAUUUAAAAUAAAAUUAAAGUAGCUAAUGGAAUAGUUGCUGCAUUUUUAUUUUGUUUUGUUUUUCACUCCUAGAAUAUCAGACCUAAUCUACUAAGGGAAAAUAUAGUACAUUUUGAAAUGUAGGCAGUGGUGUAGAUCAGUUUUCUGUAGGAAACCAAUUAAUUUUCCUUUGUAGUAUUUCCAAAACUCGAGUGCUCUUCAAAAUAUCCUGUUUUGUUUAAAGGUUCUUGUAGAUGACCAAUGGCAUAAUUCUGUUUGACUGCUCACCUUUCAAGGACUUCAAAACUCCAUGUACAAAGUGAAGGUUAUUAUUUAACUGCAACAUUUGAACCAGCAUUCUUCAUUAUUUUCAGCUACUUUGUUUAUUUUAAAUUAAGUCUGUACCAAUUCUGCAAGCUGGCCAGUAACAUGGUUAAAGAAUAUGUCAGGAACCAUAUCAAUACAUAGCAUUUCUUAUUCAGAUUAUUAAUAUAGUAUGCCCAGUUUGUACAUCUGUUCUAAGAAAAGGUGAAUAUGCAAGCUUGAGAUCAGCACCCUCUUUGUUCAAUUUGAAUUUAACAUGCAUAUUUUAUUCCAAAUGCAAAUGGUACGUAUCAAUCAUUGCAAUAAUUUGUUCCUUUUCUUGAAUAGUCACCAUGGAAAUUUGUGAUAAAUUUUUAAAAAGCUGUUAGAGGAACUCUGCAUCUGUGGACAGAGAAGCAGAGUUAAUAUGUCUAAUAUGAUUCUUCAGAACCCUGAAGUUCCCACUUCAGAAAAUGAGUCAUAUUACACUCAAAACAUUAACUGUUUCUCUCCCUCUGCAGAUGCUGCCAGAUCUGUUGAGUUUCUCCAGCACUUAGUCUUGGAGAUUUGAAAUUUAAAAACACAGUAAUACUUAAAUCAAGUUUGAAGGAGUUGCAUGUGUACAAAUUGUACCUUGUUGGAAGAAAACGCAAAGUUUCAACUAACUUAAGCACAAAAUAUAGCUUAAAAUAUUGCUUCACAAAAAAUGAUCAUUGACUUUCCCUAUUUUCCUAACCCAUUCCCUUCAUGUAUGGUUCUGGCAAGUGUAUUCUGAUGCAGUUUACCCAUCAAAAAUGAUUUCACUGGAUUACAAGAUGAGAUGAUCAGUACAAUGAAAUAAUGAAUCUUUGUCACCACAUAUGCUCUGUAGCAGAGUAGCACACCUUAUACAAAUUUCAUGUUAGUGAUAAGGCAACCUGGCUGUAUGUCAGAAUUGUUUGUACCACCAGACUAUUGCAAAUCCAUUCUGAAGACCAAGAUUCUUUUAGUGAUGGAAUUAGAAUCUACUGUGAUAAGUUAGGUACAGAAAAGUGGGGUGGUAGAGGAAGAGAUGUAUUGUACAGAUUUACUCAGCAGUCACUUAAUGUUGUAUUGUGUUGGAAUGUAUGUUCAAAGGAUGUUUGGAUUCAACAUAAGUAAUUCUAAAUCCAUGAAAAGUUAUAUUGCCAUUUUAUCAUGUUAUUCAAAUAGCUUCUAUCCUACACAAAGUUAAACUGCUGAAAACUAUUUUGUUGGCUAAACUAAUCAUCAAAUUUUAAAUUAAAUUGCUAAAAGCCAAGUUGUGCUUAAACAAUUAAAAUUUGUAUAAUACUAAAUUAUAGAUAAAGGACGAAUGCCUAUUCACUAUUGGCUGUGAUACUUUAAACAUUUCUGAAUAAUGCCACAUUUUAGUUGCAAUUCCAUGGUUUCAGUCCUUAUUCUGACCAGGAAUAUCAAGGUCUGUUGAAGAAAAGUAUUUAACUAUGCUGUGAAAUACUGCAGGUCAAGAAAAUUGAAAUACUCUAUUGAUUGCUGCCAUGUGACAACUACUGUGACCUUUUUUAAAAUUCAUCUGGGAUUUGUCUUGAAUGAAUCAUAGCUUUUCUUGAUGUGUAACCAGUUUGUGUGGUUAUGCAUUAGGUAACUGUGAUGCAUUUAAAUGAUUAUUCUUCUGUUUUGUGCAUUGUUUUGUACUUUUUGUGAUUUAUUUUGUCAUGUUAUAUUACAUCCCUAAUGUGUGCAAGCACCAUUUUAUGUACAUUAUUUUAUAGAAAUUUUGAUCAUUUAAUUUCUUUUUAAUUGCACAUAGAAGGAAUUGUAAAGGUUUGAGGAUAUGUUUUGGGGCUGUCUCGCCUAAAAUGUAUCAUGAGUGUUCUUAUUAAAAAAAUUUCAUGUCUUGGUGCAGUUGAAUUCAGUGAAAUUCUGACUAUUGCAUAGUCUACCCUUCUUGCAUAGUACAAGAUACAUUUUUAAACAGAAAAUUACACAUGGAAUGUUUCUCUGUAUAUAUGCAGUGACGACCAAAUAAACUUUGGCUGCUGUUUAAAUAA